AUGUCUUUUUCGGCUCUGUUGCUGCAGCUGGUGGUGCUGGCUUGGAUUUCGCAGUCCAUUGAGGCAGAUUUUAUAAAUCAAACUGUUCAUCACAGUGAGAACUUUCCAAAAGAAACUUUUUUACCAAAAAACUGGUUGAACAAGUCAAGCUCUUCAAAUGUAGAUAGUUCAAAGUCUGAUAGCUCAAAGAAAAUUGGUUCUGAAAAUGUAAAAAUUACAAAUAUCGAUUUCAAGAAUGAAAAAGUCUUAAAAACUAAAACUCAAAACAUAUCUAGUUUGCCAAAUACAGAUAGUUUGGAAACUCAAGUACUGGGUGAAAAUAAAACUGAAAUGUCCCAUCUUUCAAGCUCUGAAAAUAAAAAGUACUCUAGUUCAGAGGAUGUAAAAAACUUGGAAACUUUUAAGCCCGAGAAUGCAAGCUAUUGUAAAAAUGGGUUUUCUAAGGAUUCGGAAAAUACGAGACUGGCGGAAACUGAUGCCCUCAAUUUGCGACAGAUACCGACUUCAUAUCAGACCCUAAUCCUGGAUCGACUGCAGGAUCAAUUGCAUCAGCUGGUUGUCGGGUUGCCUCUGGACAUAGCCUUCUCCACCAUUAACUAUAUAUGUAGCACCAUUGUCGACCUCGGUGUGGUCAGGACCAAACUCAUUCCAGAUGUGUCGCGCCUAAAGCUUCAGCUUCGCACCCAAAUCGAGUGCCGGAAUGUCAGUAUUUCUCUGACGCAAGCUGAGAACUUGUGGACUACUCCGGGAUUUUAUCAGGAUCGUCCCACGGUCUUGUUUAUCACCGGCUGGACAUCGAACAUCAAUGAUUCGAAUAGUGGACCCGUGGUCAAGGCCUAUGCUUGUCGCAAUGAUACCAAUGUUUUGGUCCUGGAUGCAGCUGACCUUGUGGACACCCUUUAUACAUGGUCGGCUUUGAACACCGAAGUUAUUGGAGCCAGUCUAGCCAGGGCGCUGCUCCGGCUGAAUAGGACUUAUGUGGCCAACCAGUUCCAUUUGGUGGGCCACAGCUUGGGCGCCCAGAUCGCAGGCUCUGCGGGCAGGAACUACAGGGAAAUGUCGGGGGGCUCAAUCCUGAAGAGAAUAACCGGACUGGAUCCGGCAAAUCCGUGCUUCUACGACGGCAACGAUCUGGAGGGUCUGCGGAGUGGAGAUGCCCGCUUUGUGGACAUUAUUCACUCGAAUCCCGGCAUGCUGGGCUCUCCCAAACGGGCCGGCGAUGCUGAUUUCUUUGUCCAGGGACGGAUUCCCUUCAAAUCGGGCUGCCAAGGCCUCAGCUCCAUUGGCUGUUCCCAUCAAAGAGCCGUCGAUUACUACACAGAAACGGUGUAUCCGUCGAAUGAGAACGACUUUCUGGGCAAGCGAUGUGAACGCUAUUCGGAACUCCUUCUGGGAAAUGAUUGCCAGGACACGCGGACCGUGAUGGGCUAUGCCGCCAAGCCCACGGAACUGGGCCUCUUCUACGUGGGCGCCAAUGGAGCUGAGCCCUAUGGCCAGAAUGCCAAUCCCCAGACCUACACUUCCUCCAACACUAAAUGCGUCGCCUGUGACUAAAUUAUUUGCUGAGAAAAAACCUUGAAACUAAAAUAGAAACCAAAUAUUAAUCAAUAUUAUUCGAUUAAAGUGCUAAGAUGUCCAUUUUUGCUACCUAGGACUUGUUCUGCAGAAAACCAGAAAGGAAUUUUCAAUAUAACAUCGGUCAUUACUCUUGUUAAGCUAUAAAAUUUUAAAUACACAUUUAAAUUUCUGAAUUGUUACACUAA